AUGGCUGAAGCAGGCGGCAUACUCCCGAAAGGGUUUGUCCUCAACCUACCGAAGCAUAUACAAAUCAUCUGUGGGCCGAUAGAACCAGUUCAGAGCAGUGCCACUGAGAGUAGACGGGAAAAUGAGGCACAUGCCUUCGUCACUGAGGCCCUUGCAAUUGGGGGUGAGUCUUCUCCUAGUUACGCUUCAGGGCACGACAAUCAUGCUCUAGCUCGACAUUCUUGGUACGAAGAUGUUCGUAGUUCUCCGUCAUCUUGGUCAUGUUGGCGUAGAGGCGCUCCACCUCCUCCUAGAGAUUUCCCUCUGCCGAAGGUUUCUUUCGAGAGGAAUCCCCAUGAGGGGUGUGGCACUGGGUAUCGAGGCUGGCCUCGCUUGGCAUAG